AUGGAAACGGACCCCACAGGGCAGAAGUUCCGCAGUAAGAUCGAGCUGCGGCGGUUCCUGGGCCCCGGCCACGACCUCAGCAACUUCGACUUCAAAUCGGGGCUGGAGCGGCCGGGCCCCAGCGGGACCAGGAAGGGCCCCAAGUGGCGCCUGCCCCUCCCGGAGCCCCCCAGAACCUUCCAGGAGGAGGAGGAGGAGGAGAACGUGGUGGGCGGGGCUGAGAUCGAGAUGGCCCCGCCCCUUCAGCCGCAGUCCCCGCCCCCACCCGCUCAGGCCACGCCCAUCCCCAUCAAGGCCCCGCCUGUUCCUGUCCAGGCCCCGCCCCCUCCUCUCCAGGCACCACCGCUGCUCCUUCAGGCCCCGCCCCCUCCGGUCGAGGCCACGCCCCCAGCGGAGCCCCCCCCUCGCAGAACCCGGAAGCGGCCGCCCCUGGAGCCCCCCCAGGAUGGGGUGGUGGCGCUGUGUGCCGGCUGCCAGAGCCUCUUCCCGGGGGUGUCGCUGCCCCCCCAGCGCCGCUGCCGCUGGCUCUGCCCUGACUGCCGCGCCCAGAGACGCGACUUCAACCGGGAGCAGCGAUUCUACAAGCGGGUGGGCUGCGGCACGUGCCAGGCCUGCCGGAUCCCCGAGGACUGCGGCAUCUGCAGCGCCUGCGCCCGCAGCCCCCGGCCCGGGGACCCCUCCCAGCCCGGCCGCACCCCCAAGUGCCUCCUGCGCCGCUGCCUGCGCAUCGUCAAGAAGGGUCUGGGCUGCGGUUCGUGCUCCGGCUGUCUGAGCACCGAGGAUUGCGGCAGCUGCUGCGUCUGCCUGCGGCGGCUCCAGCCCGGCCGGAAGCGCCAGUGGCGCUGCCUGCGGCGACGCUGCCUGCGGCCCAAGAAGCCCAAGGUGGCCAAGAAGAGCCAGAGCCCGCAGCCCCCGACCGAGAAAUGGAAACCCCCCCUGGAGCGGGAGAACAGCGACGCCUCCGGCAGCAGGCACAGGAAGCCGCAGCCCCAGGGCAAGGAGAAGAAGAAGCCGGGGCGACCCCCGAAGCCCCCCGGCCCCCGCGGGGACAAGGAGGAGCCGCUGGGGGGGGCUGAGAACGACCCCGGGCCCCUCCCGGGCCCCCCCCUGCGCCUCUGCCCCAUCAAGGAGGAGGCGGGACCCCUCCCCCGCCUCGAGGUGAGACCCCCCAGCCGCCUGGGACCCUCCCUGGACACCCGGGACCCCCCUCUGACCCCCCCUGCCCCCCAGGACCCUCGCCUGGGGCUCCUCAUCGCUUCGGCCCCCCGCCUCAAAGGGGCCCCCCCGGAGCCCAGCGUCGCCCCCCAAAGGCCCCCCCCGGGGGAUUUGGGGGUCCUGAUCGCCGCCACCCCCCGCGUGAAGCAGGAGCAGCCGCAGCCCAGCGCGUCCCUGGUGCCGGUGCCCCCCCGGCCCCCGCCCCCCCAGCUGGUGGGGCCCUUCCCGCUGCCCCCCGGCCCGCAGCUGUGGCCGGGCUCGUUCCUGGAGGAGCUGGCCGAGAUCCCUCUCCCGGCUCACUGGGGCGUGGUGGGGGCUGCGGGGCCGGGGCCGUGCCCGGCGCGGGGUUUGCGGCUGGUGCAGCGCUGUCCCCGCUCGCCCAUGGCCGCGGCCGCCGUGCUGCUCAACCCGGGGCUGGCGUUCCGGGUCCUGGUGGCCCGCGGCCGCCCGGUGCCCCCCGGGCACGAGGUGCUGGCCCGGCGCCCCCCCCUGCGCUCCGUGCUGGACCUGGUGGAGCUGCUCUGUGAUCUCGAGGCUUACGGGCCCUGCCCGGGACCCCCGGGACCCCCGGCCCGGCCCCCCGCCCCCCGCUGCCAUGUGCUGGUGAGGGGGGGGCGCUGCUGCCGGCCCUGCCAGCUGCUGGCGGGGGAGGGGCACUGA